GUAGGAGCACAACGAUUAUUUGCUCACAAAUUUUGCAAGUUAAAGUCAAAAUCAAUCGAAUUCAGAGUACUAAAGUUGAAUAGUAAAAUAGAAAAUUGCAAAAUAAUUUAUUUUCUAAAAUUGUACAUACGCAGCAGUGCAUAGUUAUUAAGGCGAGUUAGUGUUAAUGAGCAAAAAUGAAAAAUUAGAGAGUUUAAAUCAACAAGUAAAAUAUUUGACUUUCCGCACUCCUCAACUUAGCUGUUGCUAUUCGCCGACACAUCACAAAGUAUCGCUGCGUCUUGUCUGGUGCUCACUACUGUCCAGCCGCCAACAUCCAGUCGUUAAUCCACCCAUACAUACAUACACAUACGCGCUUAGUAUUGCACAUACCCACUUGCCUUGUUGAGUAGCUCUACGUGUUGCGGCAUUAUGGAGUACAAAUUGAUUACUGAAGACCGUUACGACGAUGUCAUUCGACAUUUAUGUGAUAAUUUCUUUGCCGAUGAGCCACUUAACAAGGCGGCUGGUUUGUGUCGCCGUGGUGAGGGUCAUCGCGAGUUGGAACAACUUUGCUACGAGACACUUAAGGAUAAUUUGAGUUUAAUGGCUGUGAGCGAGAAUAACGAUAUUGCCGGUGUCCUCCUUAAUGGCGUCGCCUGUCUGCAUGAUAUUAUGCAAUUUCAGGAGCGUAUUGAACUGAGUGAUGACGAGCGCUUUAAAAAAAUAUUCCGCCUCUUGAACGAACAUAAUUUGCGUGCCAAUAUUUUUGGACAAUUUAAUGUAGGACGUGCUUUUGAGGUGCGUAUGCUUUCUGUGGAUGGCCGCUUUCGUGGACAGGGAAUUGCCAAAGAACUGGUGCGACGGAGCGAGCAAAUAGCACGAGAUUUUGAGUUUAAGCUCAUGAAAGCCGAUGCAACGGGUAUAUUUUCUCAAAAAAUCUUGCAAUCAAACGGCUUUAAAGUUCUAUGCGAACUAUAUUAUGACAAAUACACAGAUGAAUUCGGUAAGCCAUUGCUGCUGGUUGAAGCACCGCAUAUUAAGUUACAGUUACUAUACAAAUUUUUGGAUUAGAGAAAAUAGUAACGCAAUGUAGUAAAAAAAAAAACAAUUUUACAAUUAUACAUAGCCACAUAAAAACCAUUAAAUAUAAACUAAGAAAGAACACGAUAAGAAAAAUAGAUUUUUUAGUAGUUCGAGCAAAAAAUAGUUCAGUAUUUUUUUAACUACUGUAUGCCAACGAAUAGGUAAGAGCUGAUGGCCAAUUUCCAUUAGGCAAUAAACGCCACAAAGGUUAAUCACAAACUUGGGAAUUUUCUCAAGUAGCUUUUUAAAUUUUCAAACAUAUUUUUUAUAUAAAUAAAUCUUAAAAGCUACUUGAGAAAACGACCCUAAGUAUGUUUACUAGAG